AUGACACAUAAGAUUCCAGAUACCCCAUGGUUGGUCAGGAUCUCUUCCCUUAUUGAAGUGAGACCUUCCUUGUGACUGUUGUCUAUUACAGUGAUUACUUUGAACUAGAUUUGUCGCAGAUGCAACUACAGAGUCUGUGAUCAGGGCAACAAAGUCACACUUUGCCCGGCAUGGUAUUGCAGACAUGAUUACUGACAAUGGUCCCCAAUAUUCAAGCGAUCAGUUCGCCCCUUUCACACGGGAAUGGGAAUUUCAGCACACUACCAGUUCGCUACUCCACAGUCAGAGCAAUGGUAAAGCAGAUUCAGCCGUUAAGAUCGCCAAAUAUCUGGUUAAGAAGGCUAAGCGAGAAAACAAAGAUCUUGAAAUGGCCCUGUUGGAACGGCGAAACACACCCGACAUUAACAAUUUA